AUGGGGACAGCCAAAAACAACCACUUCCCACUGAAACUUCCUCUCCUAGACAAACCCAAGACCCCGAAAAACUACGCGCAGCCCGAGGUUCUGUGCCACACCUUUGAGACUCUGUCCAGCCUUCACAGACUGCUGCCUAACCAUCUGAUGGAGAAACUUUAUUCCUACAAGAGUGAAGAGGACAAACAAAACUGUCAGAAUUCUGAAUUCUCUGGCUUAGAAAGGAUCUUAGCAAGACACCAGUUCCCAAAAGAGAUUAAUGCGACCCCGAAGCCAAGUAGCAUGCCCCCGUGGAAAAGGAAAUCCAUCAACAACUCGAAUCGUGGGUGGAAGGAAUGCUACUUGUGGAAUAAAAACUUGGAGGUACCUCCAAUGUCAACCAUAACCGUCAGGUGGUUGAAGAAGAACAUGCAACCCACGGAAGACCUUCAAUCAGUGAUCCAGAGGCUGUUGGUGUUUGGGCCAAUUACGUCCGUCACCCUCUGUGGUCGGCAAAGCGCUAUCGUGGUGUUCAAAGACAUGACUUCAGCUUGCAAUGCUGUGAAUGCUUUUCAAAGCAGUACCCCAGGCACCAUGUUUCAGUGCUCCUGGCAACACAGAUUCAUGUCGAAAGAUGUAAGACUCCCUAUGACCCAAAUCUUACAUAAAUUCUUAAAGCUUGUGGUAUGUAACUGGUUUGUCAACAGGGCUCUAGUGAACUAUGAUAAUCAUAAAUGAUAUGUU